AUGGAUACUAAAUAUUUGGAGCCGCACGCUGGUAUGAAGAAAUAUGAGCCCCCUGCUAAUGAUUCGUUGGUAAGAGCUGGACAACGACUUGAUUUUCGUCAAUAUGUGACUCCGGUUCGAAAUCAAGGGCAAUGUGGAUCAUGUUGGGCAUUCGCAACAAUAGCUAACUUGGAAUACUUGUACAAGCGGAGCACGGGCCGAGAUUAUGAUUACUCCGAACAAGCACUGCUGGACUGUGACACGAGAAGUUAUGGCUGCCGUGGAGGAUUUCCCAGUACGGCGCUCGAAUUGAUGGCCCAAAGAGGUGUACCACUCGAAACCGAAUAUGCUCGAUACGCUGGCGUCCAAGGGCCGUGUCGCCUUCAAUACGGUCGCGGUACUAUCAGUCGGUCGGUCAGCAUUCCAGCUGGUUUCCAAUCCAUUCAAAGUUAUUUGGCAAACCAUGGCCCGUUUGUAGGAAGUUCGUUUUCAUGA